AUGCGAUUUGUUAAUCAUAAGGGUGUGUAUGUGUUGGAGCAACUUGGAGCGAAUGUUGAACCAGGUGCCAAAGAGACAAGUGCGAAGUACCGUCGCCAGUUAAGCAACUUAAAUAAUCAACCCCAUUUCGAACUUUCUUCAAACAAACAGAAUGGAUAUGCUGGACUCGAUGUCACCAAAGAAGCGAUCAAUCAUGCCAAAGCAAUCUUUGAUCUGAACCUGAAGACUGACCCUGUAUUUGAAGCAUUGGAUAAGAUAUUCCGCCGCUACAACAAGGCAGGCUUUCAAGUCAAGAUCAUCAAGUGUGAUUGGGCGUUCAUUCCUCUCACGGAUGAUGUGCUAGACAAUAUGGGUGUUACUAUUGACCCGACUGCAGCUGGAGACCACGAGCCUCCCGCUGAGCGAAACAAUAGGGCGUUGAAAGAAAGAGUCAGAGUAGCUCUUGCACGAUUACCCUACAAAGUGGUUCCAAAAGUGAUCACUGAAUGUCUUGGACGUCGAGCCGCCGAGCUAUUGAAUGUCUCAUCACAUUUCAGUCCGCAGCAACUCAUUGAUAAUGUCAAUAUCAACUACAAGAGAGACAUGGUUGCUGAACUUGGACAAUAUGUUCAUGCAAUUGGGACGGAUUCCAACAAUUCGAUGGAACCCCGAAGUAUUGAAGCAAUUUACAUUGAACCUACAAAGGGACAACGUACUGGGCACCGAGUGCUCAACCUCAAUACUAAGAAGAUGAUUUCCCGACCCAAGGUCGUUGUACUACCCGUUACCAAUCAAGUAAUCCAGCGUGUUGAAGCUUGGGCUGCUGCCGAAGGUGCUACUUCCAUGAAGUUCUUUGAUAAGAAGAGAGAUUUGGAGACAUUUCAAGAUGGCGAUCAAAUCGCAGGAGUGGAUGACACGGAACAAGGUUACUUAGAAGAAGCCUUUGAUCAGGACUAUGAACCU